CGGAAGAGUCUAGCAAUUGGAAGCAGGAAGCUAGGAGAAAAAUAAGAAACAGGAAGAAGGGGAGCUAGGGUCUUAUCUGCAAAAGGAGCAGAAAGUUUAAAGAAGGCUGGAAAGAGCUUAUGUAGGACAUAUGAGAUACUGAGUAACGGAGCACUGAUAUCCUGAGCAGUAUGUCUCUUUUCCCGGCGCUUUUAUUUUUCGGCUGGCUGAUAUUCACAAAGGGAAACGCUAUUCUCGACUCCUCUCCUUGUCCCCAAAAUUAUUUCCUUUGCAGGUCAAGAUGCUUACCUCUGUCUUCUAGAUGUGAUGGUUUCUUUGAUUGUGAAGAUCAGUCCGAUGAGAUUGGGUGUCCCCCACACUGCAGCUUCACACUGCUGGAAUUUUAUGGGGUCUUCUCUCCUCCGGGUUACCCAGACUCUCCACCCAAUCCCUUGCCUACUUCCUGCCACUGGCUAAUUGACUCUGGAGAUAGUCGUGGCCUGUUCCUGCAGUUUUCUUCUCUUCAGCUCUCUGGGUCUGAUGCUCUUGUAGUGUAUGAAUUGGAUGCUGGGGAUCCAAAUCGCAUUCUUCGUGCUCUUGACCAGCAAAGCAAUGGAAAAUCAGUUACAGUGGAGUCUGUGGGAGGAAGGGUCAUGGUUGUGUAUCAUUACAGCUCUGAGAUUCUGAGUAACCCCAGUCCCAUUUCUUCUGUCACCCAUGGCUCAGGAUUUAAGUUUCCAAGCCCUGACAUUCCUUUGUCUUCUAAAACAAUAAACCGUGACUCGGGCCCCCAUAAGACUGACCUUCUUGGUCCCCCUUCCUUUAGUUCCCACAUUUCUGGCUCUCCUUUUCAUGGUAUUUGGUUUUCUGCUUUCCGUCCUCGGGGAUUUAAUGCCACUUAUCGGGUGCGCGGCUAUUGUCUUCCUUGGGACCACCCUUGUGGAUCCAGCCCUGGUAUUUUGUGGGAUGAUGAAGUAGAGGAAGGUGGUGGCUGUUACACUGAAGCACAGCGCUGCGAUGGUGCCUGGGACUGUGCCAAUGGCCGGGAUGAAAUGAAUUGUUCAGGCUGUGCUCCUGGGCACUACCCCUGUGCCAUGACCCGUGCUUGUUAUCCCAUUACUGAGAGGUGUAAUUACCAAACAUCAUGUCAGGAUGGUACUGAUGAGAGGGGAUGCCGUGCAUGUCAGCCUGGAGGAUUCCACUGUGACCUGGAACGUUGUGUAUAUGAGGCAUGGGUUUGUGAUGGACAGGCUGACUGCAGAGAUGGAAGCGAUGAGCGAGGAUGCGGAUACACACUACCUCGCAAGGUCAUUGCUGCAGCUGUCAUAGGAAGCCUUAUCUGUGCUACGCUGCUUGUUGUUGCACUUGGUUGUACAUGUCGGCUUUAUACUACCCGAGCACGGGAGUAUAGUGUCUUUGCACCUUUGUCCCGAAUGGAUGCAGAGCUCAUCCAGCAACAGGCCCCACCAUCAUAUGGUCAACUGAUUGCCCAAGGAGCUAUUCCACCUGUGGAAGACUUUCCUACAGAGAACCCAAAUGAUGGCUCUUUUAUGGGGAACUUACGCAGCCUCCUACAGUUUCUUCACCAAGCACCCCCAGUCCCUGCUGGAGCAGUUAAUGAAUUACCUCCUCGCCGACGCCCACCUCGUGCAGUCAGACGUCUUCUUCGACGCUUGCGCCGUUGGGGACUUCUUCCUCCUCGUGCACAGGGACCCCAAGUAGAAGUGUGCCAAAACCAGACCUCACCAUCACCAGAAGUUGCAUCAGAGGGUACUGAGACCCCCACAGCUCCAGCUCUUCCUGUUAAGAUGCCUUUAGAUUGUCCAGAUACUUCCUCUGCCCAGACAGAAGCCUCCACUCUACCUCAGUACUCUGGGAGUGGGAGGGGUCUUAUGGGCAUGAUGCAAGUGAUGAGAGAGAGAAUUUUGCACCCUCUUGGAGCAGAGGACACAUCAGAUGGGAGAAGAGGGAGGGAGAGGCCAGAGGAGGAAGUAGGAGAAGACCUUCAAAGACACGAGGAAGAUGAUGAAAUGUUGUUGUUGCCCCUGGCAGAAGGUUGGGAUAGUGAGGCAGGAGAUGUUGGGUUAAUUGUAUGUUAACAGAACUUCUGUUACUCCCUAAUGCAAGCCUAGUUGCACAAAGUUUCCUUAGCGUCACUUGAACUAAUUCACCCUACCUUCUCUUAUAAGUGUCUCCCUUUUGACUCCCAGUCUCGUCAACUUUUACUUUAGGCAGAGGGGAUAAAUCCUUUAAGCAGGAUUGUCUGAGAAUGGACAGACAUAAUAGAAUUCAUUAUGGCCAAAAUAAAGUGGAAAAGGAAUGUAUCUCCCAGAAAUACAUUAGGCUCAAUCAGCUAAAUAAUGGUAUGCAAUAUUUUGCAUAUACCUCACUACAUUUCUGUGUUAAUAGUAGGCUUUUGUAUUUUAAUUGUAGGACACGUAAAGUCUUUUUUACUGGGAGGUGUCAAAAUGUUAGGCACCCCCCAGUGGAAUAGUUCGCUAAGUGUUUUCCCUGCACCAGUCUGAUCACCAUGCAGCCAUUUUACUUCACUUUCUACUGGCAUCCCAUGCAUGAAAUACUUUUUGCACAUGCGCAGUAGAGUAUACUGGGGGGUGCGAAACAUUUUGGCAUCACCCCCAGUUAAAUAGACUUUACGUGUUCUUUAAGUUAAAAUAGCCAGCAUGCAGGGUGACCAUGGGGAUUAAACAGAUCAACAUGGGACUGGGCUUUUAGUUUUUGACUUUACAAGCCCUUCAAGUCUUAUACCUGUAGGAUUAAGCACCUCUUAUUUUUAUUGUUUAUUGUAAUAGCUUGCCAAGUGCAAAUCCCUUGUCCCUUUCUUGAGAUGAAAGCGAUUCUUCAGUAAAUAUAGAAUUCAGUGAAUCAUUAACCAAAUGGUUCAUUUAAUAUGCCCACUUAAAGUGCCCUUAUUUAAAUAUUCCACCUUUAAAUGCUUUCACUGACUGAGCACACUUCAUGUGCUGAAAGGCUAUGCCAUGAAUUGCACUAUUUUUUUUAAUAAAGGGUUCCUGUUGUUUUUUUUAUAUAUUUCAAGUAUCUCUAAAUGCUACAUGCCUUACAAUGAUCUGUGUAUCAAAUCAUUAUGUAAAUCCUAAAUUAUAAGGUAAAUGUAUAGUUAAACUACUGCUUGGUAGCUCCAGUCUGGGGUAGAAGGUUAGUCAUUUGGGAUUUAGAUUGAAUCUUUUGAAUUUCUUUAAUCUUCUUGCCAUAUUUCAACAUUUCUCCCUCUUUCUUAAAUUUGGCCUUAAAAGCAUAAUUGUUCUGUUGUCCAAUGGAUAGCUGUUUUAAGAUAUGGCCUCAUUCAUGCAUGGCAAACUUGCACUGAUUUGACCACUCAUUACUUAAAUAUGUGGAAAUGCAGCCCCAUUCCUGUUGAUGAAAUAUACAUGCCAGUGGGUGCUACUGGCCAACAUGAAUUCCAUUUUUGCAGGUCACUGUAGUGUGCAAAAACUGUAUGUGAAAAGCAAUUCUUGAAGAAGCCUGGGUAUUUUUGGGUGAUACAUUUCAUGUAUUUCAGUUUUGUGGGAGAGGGCUUAUUUUUAAAAGGGGGAAAAGGACUGAUUUGAAUUUCCUACUGUGUGCCUCAAAAGGAAGGUGUCAUAUUGCACACGACACCAACUACUUUUAUUGGAAUCUGAUAAUGUUCUAUUUUUCUAUGUGAAAACUCCUUUUUAGAAAUUUCUUACUUUUGCUCCAGUGCACAGCACACAAGGGGUUAGUGCCAGGCGUGUGCAGCUUUUUUAUCUAAAUUAACUUUUAGAACAAUAAUUGUAUGUGUAUAUAUGAAGUGCUGUAUUAGCCAUUUGCAGACCAUAGAUGCCUCCAGAUGUCAACAUUUGCUUUGGUGUUUCUGGCUUUAAAAGGGUAAAUAAUGGAUUGGAUUUUGAUAGUGUGAUUGUUGAGCUCUGUAAAUUAUUUAUUACUGUGAUUUUAUGUAAAAUGUAUAAAUAAAUCUUUAAAAUGACAAUAAUAUUGUGUGGGUGGAGGAAUUGUGAAUCCCGUGAUGGUCACAUGAUAUGAAUGAAUAUUAAACAAAAUGAACUGGC